GAACAAAAUUGAAAGAACCGAGAAAGCAUCGGUAUGCUCUUGUCUCUCUAAAAAUAUUUUUUUCCGAGUUCCCAACCGAAUCUGCUUUUCACCGCCGCUUCCGUUGUCAUCGACGGUCUACUCCAUUGUUGCCGCACCCUCCGUUGCUACGAGCUCUGUAAAAGAUGGGUAGCGAAAGUGAGCAAGGAAGAAAAGCAAAUGAAGAAGAGGAAGAUAUAGUUUGCUUAGAUGAAUCCUUCUUCAUCAACGAUGAUUAUCAGUUGACGACGUUUACGUUUGGGUCGAAUGUUAUUGAGCUCUACUGUCUCCAAUCAGCUUCAACUGAUUUUGAUUUAACAGGGCAGCUGGUUUGGCCUGGUGCUAUGCUUAUGAACGGCUAUCUCUCAGAAAAUGCUGAGAUUCUCCAGGGAUGUUCAGUUUUGGAGUUGGGAUCUGGUGUUGGUAUAACUGGAGUCCUCUGUAGCAAAUUUUGCCGUAAAGUUAUUCUUACUGACCAUAACGAUGAAGUGCUCAAGAUACUGAACAAAAACAUCGAUCUUUAUGAACAUUCGAGUGGGCCCAACCCAUCAGCUGAAUUAGAGGCUGCAAAGCUAGAAUGGGGAAAUAGUGAUCAUCUUGGUGAAAUUUUGAAGAAACACAAAGAUGGCUUUGAUCUUAUUCUUGGAGCUGAUAUCUGCUUUCAGCAAUCUAGUGUGCCAUUGCUAUUUGACAGUGCUGAGCAGCUUUUGCGGAUCAGGGAACCCGGAAAUUGCAAGUUCAUACUAGCAUACGUAUCACGGGCUAAACAGAUGGAUUCUGCGAUCUUGAGGGAAGGUGCUCAGCACGGGAUGCUGAUGAAUGAAGUUCCUGGGACUCGGUGUACCGUGGGAAACUUGGAAGGGGUUAUAUUUGAGAUUGCUCUUAAGUAAAAGAAGAAAAGGCUUAAGAUUUGGAGUAAAUUUCCUUUCAUUGUUUUUAUGUUUUAUAGAUGCAUACGUUUGGUGAAAUGGAUAAAUCAAUUUAGUGUUUGAAAGCAUGCAAUGACAUUGUGUAUGCUUUGAAGUUAAUCCACAUCGGUCGGGAAAGAAGUGU